UGCACUGAGCACAACGCUUUGAAUGCUUCAAUUGUAGAAAUGGAGGUAGAUGGGCUAAAAGUGGAGGAAGCGCACUUCCGAGGGAGGAAAUUGCACGGAACCACUGUUGCUCUUCCACGUGGCUAUUCUGGUUUCAUCCUAGGAAAGAAAGGUCAUGAUCAAGGGAAUAAUGGCACGAAUUCGCAGUGCUGGGAGACAGCUGCGACUUUUGAAGAUAUCACGAUCUGGAAUCAUGACGCAAUCCCUUCAAAAGAUGAUGCAUUCUUGCGCGCCUUUCAUUGGUUUACCGCUGCCAAUGCUCUGCAUCAAACUGUAACUGCUGAAGAUCUGGAAUCCGCGUGCGUUGAUUAGGAGCUGGAGCUGGUUUGAUUUUUCUUAGCUAAAUAUAGAUUAUAGUGACAACUUGACUAGGCAGGAAUGUGCUUUCAAUUUGUCUAUGCCUUACAGUAUGCACAAUAUGAUUCUCCAUCAAUAAUUGCUGUGUUAAAUA